CAAAGUGGAAAUGAGUUUGUACCAAAAGCUCUAUAUUACAUCUUCUACACUUUAAUUCAAGUUUUUUUCAUAUAUAAUAAAAGCUGUGACGCCUUUAGCAAAUUUCCCACAUUGUCAGUUGGUGCCAAAAACAGUCUCAAUAUCUAAAAUUCCCCAUUAGAUAUGUAGAUCCACAUGUCAUGCCAUGCCUACAGUACUUCAUGCAAGCUCCAACAGGAAAUCACAUAUUUGUUCCAAUUUUCCCUUGGCUAAAAAAGUUAGAUGGGUGAUGUCUGAAGGUGUGGAGAAGAAUAAGAACUUUUCUACCUUGAAAUCAUUUUGGGCACUACCACUCUUUACUCAGAUCCAGUGAAUGGAAAGAAAAUUGGGAGCAGGGUGGUCUUGGGAUUUAAAAAAAAAACAUGCAGAGAAGGGAGGUGGGGGUUUGAAGUGGCAAACUUCCUUUGACAGAAAAAUUGAAUCUUGUACCAAACCUCACUUCCUGAAAAAGCACCAGGCCUGGAGACACUCCCCGUGAUUAUCAGGGCCCUUUUUUUUCUUGCUGUCAGAGAUAUAAAGUCAGAAGGAUUACUUCACCUUCCAGUUGCAGCUGCUUCUCCCUGUUGCUUCUGAAGACUGCAGUGGGCCACAAACAACAGUUCAACCUGCAAUUUGGAGGCAUUUCCAGCAUUAACGGGAAGUUUCAUCUCUGCUGGGUUAAUCCCUGAAGCAUCUAAAAGGACAGUUGUCUGGAAGCCACAGCAAUGAAACAGCCACCAACAGACCGCAUUUAUGCAUAUGCCCUGUCCAAAACCCUGACAAAGAUUUCAUCACCUGCAACUGUAGGCCUCUACUCAUCAUGUCAAGAUCGACUCAACAUGAUCCUGAGACACAUGGAAGAAUACAUGGACCAAGAAGCCUUAAACAUUGAACAGGCCAGAGGGUCCACACACAAGUCAAACAAGCCUCCCCUUUGUGGCUUUUUGAUGCUCAUCAUCCGGAUGUUCUUUUACAGACCUGCUUGGACCAAGAACAACCCACAUGACACUGGAGUUCGAUUUAUUCAUGUGCAUUUUAGUGCUUGGCAUUUUGCAGGCAGUGACCUGCUGUGGGCUGGGAUAGCCAUGCGGCUGAUAGAGAGCAUACAGAUGAAAGUUGGGAAGCUGACAAGCCUUCUUUACCGUACGACUCAACAUGAUGAAGAGGAGGAAGUCAAGAAGAAGGAUGGCCCAAACCAAUGGAUUUCCAAAAAGAUGUGCUGCUGCCCUCUCUGGAGUUUUGCCCUGAUUCUGAUUCUGAUCCCCAUUGUCAUCUUGGUAAUCCUGAAGACUGUGGAUUUUCCAGAAGAGGAAGUAAAACCCAACAAGGAGACAGAAGAAACAAUCGAUCAAGAGGAUACGUUUGAGGGCUUGUUAGCUGCUUCACUUGGAAUCCCUGCAGUAUACCUCGGGAAAUUUGUUUUUAAUAUUGGGAGGAACAUGAUCUUCAGCCAGGUUGGGAACAUUAGAAGAGCAAUGGACAAUGACCGAAUGAGCAGCCAGCUGGGUUUUAUGAAUAAUGUCAGGAAGGAAAUAAUGCAAUUGUCUCGCUUUAUCCAGUUUAUGGAGGUGUUUGAGGGCAGGAAGAUUCGCGUUGUGCUGAAAAUCACCAAUCUGGAGCGCUGCGCCCCUAAAAAAAUUGUAGGAGUUCUAGAUGCCAUGAACAUCCUGCUUUCAGACAGGGAUAGUCCAUUCAUAUCAAUUUUGGCAGUGGACCCUCAUGUACUUUUGGAGAAAAUAAACUUUGCAGAUGGCCGCUUCGCCAAACAGGAAAGAGCUUACGCGCUGCUCAACCGCAUUGUAACCCUAGCCUUCACCGUCCCUCCGCUGUGUGAAGAAUUAAGGGGCAAUUUAUUUAACAGCCUCACAAGCGAUCAGAUGAUGUUUAAGUAUUUUGAAAGUUUUGAGAAUCUCCACUCAAACAACGGCUCGCUAGUUCUAUCUAAGGUGAAGGUGAAUAACCACGAAGAGUGCCACUCACUAGUCGAUAAAACAGACUACAUGAUCAUAAAAGAGGACGAUGUGAAAGAUUUAGUUUUGAGCAUUGUGCACGUCAAUAAAACAAAGUUAACCAAGUAUAUGGUUGAUGAUACCAUCUCUAUGAAGAGAGUGAUCAGCUCUGUUUGGGUGUCUGUGAUCAUCAUGAAAGCCCUAAAGAAAGACCUGCCCAAUCCAAAGAGCAUAGGAGCAUGGGUGUUCUUAGCCAACCAGUGGCCCUGUCGACUCAGCUGGAUCAUCCAGUGUGUGGAAGACAGAAAGCAGAUGGCUGAAGUUUAUGGUGAGGACAAAGAUCCCUCCAAGACCUUACUGGAGGUGUUCAAUGAGUCUAGGGACGAGCUGUAUGUAAUGAGGUCACAGAUUGUGGAUCUCCUUGAGCAGGAUGGUGAUCCCGAAGUGUUUGAAAAACUGCUUGGUGAGGAAGAGUUUGGAUUCACCAUUCAGAACUUGGAGAUAUUCCAAUCAGCUUUGGUGAAUCUAGAUCCGUCACUUAAGAGGGAGCUGGCUCAGAUCAGAGGCACAUCCCAACUGAAAAAUUCUGGUUUGAGGAGGAACCUCUCUCCUUUGCCCGUAGCAACAAUCAUCAACAUGACCAAAGAGAAAAUAUGUGAAGAGAUGGAAAAUUUAAAAUUUGACAAGAAGUACACUGACAUUGUGAGAAACAACGACAUAAAUGGUCCUGCACUUGUCUUUGGCGACAUUCAGGACCUUAAAGCCCUUCUGGGUAUGAACUUUGGAGAAUGGACAACUUUCAAACUGCACUUCCUAGGAAUUUCCUUACAGAAAUAACUCAAAUCAUCACAAACACCCAUCCUCAACACUGAUAUUUACAGCUGUUGGAUGGAAGUAAGUUUUUUAUUCAUGUCAUUGGAGUUGUGUACAAAGCGCAGAAGUUGUUAUUUUAUGCAUACAAACUCUUGACCACAAAAAGAAUGGUGACAGCUUUCAUUUGAUCUUUUUCUUUUUCUCUAAAGCCUGGUUAUGUAAAUAUAUUGCAUUUUUGCUACCAAAAUCUAAUGCAACAAGGAUUUGUGCUGCUGUGUCAAUAUUUAUUCAAAGAUUUCAAAAUCUAAAAAUCUGUAUGAACAAUAGGAGGAAUAUUGUCUGCCCCCUUGUUUACUAAAAGCUGAUGCACCAGGCUAACUAACAAAGAUUCAAUAUGAGCUCUUCUCAGGUGUGUUAAUAGAUUGUGAAACAAGUCUUUGCACUGCACACCUCUGCGGGUUGUGUCUCUUUUGAAAUCAGCUUUUAUAUUUCAAAGGCUGAAAGAAUUGGCUCUGAUAUGGUUUUAUCAAGUAACAGUCCCCAGCAGACCUUAAGGAUCACGGAGGGGUGCAUCUUCUGAUCUUAGCAGCAACAAAGAAAAUUCAGUUUCAUCGGUUUUGAUGAGGCACUAGCUUUACACCUAAACACAAUUUCUGCUAAUAUUUUCUGUCUGAGGUCCUUUGUCUCUAUAUCUGAGAUCAACUAACAGAUUAGUUUAUGAAAAUACAGUUUGCAACACUUGGGAAACUAGCGAAAUGUUGGGAAAGUUGGUGCUCCUUGUUCUAAAGAUAAAACCGAUGUUUCAGGAACACUUUGUGAAGCCUUCGUUUGUCAUUUUCAAACUGUGAGCUGUAAAAUGGGAAUAUUGACGAUUGCUUUUCAAUUUACAAAUGUAAUGCUAUGUUUAUGUAAUAAAAAAAUGUUUUCAUUUUG